AUACUGUCCACCAAGCUGCCUCACUGCAAAGAGAAUGUGUGUUUAGCAUACGGGCAGGACUGGUCAGUGUACGCUGUGGGCUCUCAGGCCCAUGUCUCCUUCCUGGAUCCACGGCAGCCCAUACACAGCAUCAAGUCUGUCAGCUCCAGAGAGAGAGGAAGUGGGAUCCGAUCAGUGAGUUUCUAUGAGCACAUCGUGACUGUGGGAACCGGGCAGGGUUCCCUUCUCUUCUAUGACAUCCGAGCUCAGAGAUUCCUGGAGAACUCUUUUAAUCCAGCCGGUGGGUAUCGGAAGUGCCCGGCAGACAGCAUUCUGAAGCUCACUACAGGGAAAGGCUGGCUGAACCACGACGAGACGUGGAGGAGUUACUUCUCAGACAUCCAUUCCUUCCCCAACGCCGUGUACACCCACUGCUACGACGAGUCCGGCACCAAACUGUUUGUAGCCGGUGGGCCGCUCUGCUCGGGUCUGCACGGCAACUAUGCCGGACUUUGGAGCUAGCCUCGUUUUUCCCCCACCCCCUUCGUUCGCUUUUUCCACAACAUCUCUAUCCAGAUAUUCAUUUAUCAAGUACCUCCACCCAUCUUCCUCAUCACUGUCUUCGGCGUUCGGCUCAUCCGUGGACUCAGGAGCAUGAUCUUUCAUAACCUUCAAUAUUGUUACCGUGUAUAUUUGUGUCCAUUUUUUUACACUUUUCACCUUGUUUUUAAUAUAAAUAUAUAAAUAUAUAUAUAAAUGUACAAUUACCUAAUAAUUAAAUAAAAAGCUGCAAAUUCUGCCUGAGAAAACCGUUAAAAAUAAAAAGUAUACACAUUAACUUUAAUUAUUCCUUCACAACCAGACUGCAGGGAUUAGGCUGUGCUGUUUUUGAACUGCUGCUUCCUCCGUGAUAACAGGUUUUUUUUUUUGUUUUGUUUUUUGUUUUUUGUGAAACGUCUUUGAAGUUCAUUUUCUCACCUAAAUGGACAGCAAUAACCGGGACAGAAGGACUACAGUAUUUGCUGGUCGGUAACAAUCACUAAGAACUUCACUCUUCUCCUGCCAGAAGGAAAACCAGGAUCUAAAUGAGACUUUGUUUUACCUUCAUUCAGAUGAUGUAAAGAUUUUAAAAAGUGUUGAGUUGAUGAAUGCUGUGCUGAUGUUUUAAUCGCAAACAAAGCUUCUUCUUUUUACUGUAAUCUGACAAGCUAUUGAUGUUUUAAUUGCUUUAUUUGUAUUUAUUUCCCCGUUUCCUUGUCACCUUUAUGUGGUUAAUCAAGAUUGUUUGGUUUGUUGGAAGAAGUUUUUUUUUUUGGCUCAUUGCUUGUAUUCCCCUUAUAUUGCUCAGAAUGCUUUCAGCUGCUUUAUUUACUUUAUUAGAGUUUAGGCCAAGAUUUUGAAUUUUGGUGGCAAGUUGAACCCUYUAAUCACUGGCUGAAAAUCGCCUCCACAAAAAUGAUCUGUUGUAGCUCAGUUAGAUCUUAGCUGGAAGGAAACGCAGAAAACAGUUUUAGUCCCUGAAUGAAGUUAAAAGCUGCAGGUACAAACAUUUGCUGUCACAGUUAAACUACCCCACCCCUGUUUUUUUAUUAUAAUUGUUUUGUUUUAGCAAAGAGGCUCUUUCUACUCUUUUCUUUCUUAGAAAGAGGCAAAGUAUGCUUAGGUUACAGUUUUGCCUUCCUAAAGUCUUUCUGUGAAAGACUGCCACAGAUCAUUGUUUUCCUUUUCUAAAUGGAGCUUUUCUCCAGCUUUAAUGAUGAUUGGACAAAAACAAAAAAAAAAAAAAAA